ACAAAAGUAUAGUAAGAGUCGUUGGGCGAUGAUAUCAAAUUAUCCGUAAAUCUCAACAAUUAUUAUUAGAGAUAUAAGAUUAUUUUCAUUAUAUUUAAGUUGUUUAUAUAUAUUCCUAUCGAUCUAAUUCAUCAUGUAUUUCACCGUAAUAUUAAUUAUUAUUCUAACAAUUUUAUUUGGACUAUACUAUGGAAUAGCAGAAUACUUUUUAAAUAAAUUACAUAUGCUUAAUAUUAUCAACGGCAUUCCUGGACCAAAAGCAUUUCCAAUAAUUGGAAAUGCUCAUCUGUUUAUUGGCGACACAACAGCUCUAUGGAAGCAAAUACUAAACCUAGGUAAGAAUUAUCAAUUAUUGUGGCGAGUAUGGAUAGGCACGAAAUUAUUUUUAGUAAUAGAGAAUCCUGAAUAUAUCAAGACUGUACUCAAUAGUCCAAAUAUUACUGAUAAGAGCGAGGAAUAUGAAAAAUUGAAACCUAUUAUAGGCAAUGGUUUGUUUAUUGCUCCAGCAUCAGUAUGGGAUUCACAUCGAAAAGUUUUAAAUAAAAUGUUUCUUAUGAAAAUUAUAAAGUCACAUAUGGAUGUAUUUGUUAAUCAUUCUAUCGCAUUAAUGGAAAAGUUAGAAACUUUCGUUGGAGAAGAAUUAGACAUUUUUGAUUAUGUCUUUCUCUGUACUUUGGAUAUAAUAUAUGAUGCCACGUUGGAUACGCAAAUAAAUUUGCUGACAAAUCCGGAUUGUAAAUUAGCUGAAUCAAUAAGAGGUGUGAUGGAUAUAGAAACACAAAGGGUCUUUAAAUUAUGGUUACAUCCCAACAUAAUUUUUUAUAACACAGCUAGAGGAAAGAAAUUUCAGACGUGCUUGGCUUACCUAGAUAAUGUAACAAACAAGAUAAUCAAAGAAAAAAUGGAAUCUAUGUUAAGAAGUAAAAUUAAUCGAGAAUUGACGGCGGAAAAAUUAGGACAAAAACAGAAGACUCUUUUCGAUUUUUUAUUUGAGUUAUCAAACGAAGGAGAAGUAUAUACGGAGAAAGAUAUUCGCGAUGAAAUGAAUACAAUAAUUAUAGCUGGAAGCGAAACUUCAGCCACAACCAUUAGCUUUGUCCUCUUAAUGCUUGCAACAUUCCCGGAAAUUCAAGACAAAGUAUAUGAGGAAGUAAAUCAUAUUUACUGCUCCGACGAUCCGAAAUGUGUUCCAAUGACAUAUAAUGAUAUUAAAAGUAUGAAAUUUUUGGAACGUGUGAUCAAGGAAACGUUACGUCUCUUUCCUGCAGGUCCUGUCAUCGCCCGGAAAGUAAAGCAAGAUAUAAAAGUUACUAAAAAUUGGACUAUACCAAAAGGAUGUUCAGCAGUAUUUCUCAUCUAUAAACUACAUAGAAGCGCGAAAUAUUGGCCACGGCCAUUAGAAUUUGAUCCUGAUAGAUUCCUACCAGAAAGGAAUUGUUCUACGUGUUUCUUUCCAUUUAGUUACGGUCGAAGAAAUUGCAUAGGUCAACAUUUCGCUAUGCUGGAGAUGGCAACAGUAAUCGCUACACUGAUAAAAAGAUUUAGAGUUACAAUAAACAAGCCAAUAGAAAUUGAAAAAAUAGAUGUAAAGUUGAGCAUCACAUUAAAACCAACGAAACCAAUAAGAUUAAAAUUUGAAAAAAGAAAUUAAUUAAAACAUAGAAUAUACAUGCAUGAAUAUAUAUAUAUAUGUAGAACAUAAUUAAUAUAUUUACACAUAACGAAUUUUGUGAGUAAUAGCAUACAAUCUUUAGUAGAAUCAUAUUAUUAUCUAUAUAAAAU